GACGGGCCUGCCCGUUGCCUUGGAGACGGACGCGCGCCUCUCGACGCCUUGCGCGCGCCCGACGGCGCGUGACGUCAGCGCGCAGAGGUCGUGAGCGCGCGGCGACGGUGGCGCGCGGGUUCCGUGGAAGAACCGGAAGCAGCUUGUCAACGGGCUGGGCCUGGGGGCGGACAUGGCGGCCGGCGGUCGUUUCCUCACGCAGCUGUUUCCCUCGCUGAGCGCGGCGGCGAGGUGCCUGCGAUCCCCGGCCUCGUACAGGAGCUUGCAGCGCGGAUGCCGGCGUCGGGAAGGGUCGGACCGACGUUUGUUGAGCACGGCUGCCCGGUUACUGAGUUCAGAAGAUAAAGUGAAGGUCAAUUUUAUUAACCGUGAUGGAGAGAAACUUACAGCAGUGGGAAAUUUAGGUGAUACUCUAUUAGAUGUUGUCAUUGAAAAUGAUCUGGACAUUGAUGGUUUUGGUGCUUGUGAAGGAACCUUGGCUUGCUCUACAUGUCAUCUAAUUUUUGAGGAACCCAUUUAUAAGAAGCUGGACUGCAUCACAGAUGAAGAGAUGGAUAUGUUAGACCUUGCGUUUGGUCUCACUGACACAUCUCGUUUGGGUUGCCAGAUUUGCCUUAAGAAGUGUAUGGAUGGAAUGACGGUAGAGGUUCCAAACGAUGUUUCUGAUGCAAGAGAAACCAAGGACUUUAGUUCGUGCUCCUAACGUGAUCAAUCUAAGUCUCAAAAAUCAGGAACGUCAAAAUUGAAUAUCUUUUAAGAUGCAGAGAACAGAUGGAUGGUGAGAACAAAGGAAAUGACUGAUACCGUAAGAAGCGGGAAUAGGCCAAUUAGUCCCUCAAGCCUGCACCUCCAUUCAAUCAGAAUUUAUGUCAAGAAAUUCAAUCUUGGGCUCAAUAAUAUUAAAUCAAUACCAAUGCCGCUUC